AUGUCGGGAAAGACGCGGCGCCGCGAGGGAGCGGAGAGGAGGCGGCAGGGAGAAACGGAGGAGGGGUCCGGCUCCGCCGCUGCUGCCGCCGGCGCCGGGGGUCUGCUGCUGCCCCUGAGCGAGACCGAGCAGCAGCGCUACUCCGAGCUCUUCUCGCGGUGCUGCCCGCCCCCCGAGGCGGCCGCCGGGGGCAGCAGUAAAAUGCCGUGGCGGUGUUUUGUGUCGGUUCUGGAGCGCGAAUACGAGGUGCCAAGUGCGAGGGUCUCUCCCAUUACAGAAGUUUGUGGAGCCAAGCGUGUGGGUUAUUUUGGUCCUGCUCAAUUUUAUAUUGCUUUGAAGUUAAUUGCAGCAGCGCAGUCAGGGUUCCCAGUACGAAUUGAGAGCAUUAAGAAUGAAUUGCCUCUACCACGAUUUAUGGCACUGAAAAAUGACACUGAAGUACGUUAUGGGUCUCCAGCAGAAUUCCAUGGAGUUAAAUUUCAGGUUCCACAUGCAACUUUGGAAAAAAAUUCCUACAAAAGAACAGAUGAAGGGGACAAACAGGAACCCAAGUCUCCUCCGAUGUCUCCAAUUUGCUCACCUCCUGCUUCUCCAUCUACUUACCAGAGAAUACCCCUAAGUUAUGGAUAUGGUAAAGCAAGAAGUGGGCUGGAACAGCAGCAUGGAGCUCCUUAUGAAGUCAAACACUCUACUCACCAGCAAGAUGGACCAUCUUCAGGGAAUUAUGGAGCCAAAUCUGCACUCACCUGUUCAACUCCUAGCCGGUCUCUUUCAGUGGAGCGGGAGCAGCAGGACAGCAGCACCCAGUACUCAGAUGACCCUUGGAGGAUAACGGAGGAGCAGCGAGAUUACUACGUGAACCAGUUCAGGUCCCUGCAGCCUGACCUCAAUGCCUUUAUUUCAGGUUCUGUAGCAAAGAAUUUUUUCACAAAAUCAAAGCUGCCCAUCCUGGAGCUUUCUCACAUCUGGGAGCUGAGUGAUGUGGAUUGUGAUGGGGCACUGACACUCGCAGAGUUUUGUGCUGCUUUCCACCUCGUGGUUGCAAGGAAGAAUGGUUACCAGCUGCCUGAGACACUGCCAGAGACACUGCUGCCAGAGUACCUUCAAGCAGCUUGUUUGAAGCCCGCGCGUGACUGUGCCCUGUUUGACUCCCACUCUGAGCCAUUGCCGAGCAGCCAGCAGGCUCGGGACUUCAGUCGGGCAGAGAAGUCAUCAGCUGAAGAGGUACCUGAUAACUCUGGCCAGUUACAAGAUGGAAAGAAAGAUGACAAACAAGCUCUUAAAGUAAGCACUACUCUCAAAACUAUACCAAAGGAAUUUCAGCACUUGACUGUGAAAGCAGCUGCUCAAGAACCUAAUGCAUUCAGAGCCAGACCACGAUCCAGGUCUUAUUCUAGCACAUCAAUAGAAGAUGCCAUGAAGAAGGGAGAAGAGCCCCCUACUCCACCUCCAAGGCCACAAAAAUCACAUUCCAGAGCUUCCUCUUUGGAUCUGAACAAAAUAUUUCAGCAAAAUACACAAGCUGUGAGGUCUGGCUGGCUGCCCCCACCACCACCUGCACUGCCCCCUCGACCUUCUGCAUCUCAGACAGAGCAACCAUCUGAGGUUGAAUUACAUCCUCAGAUGAACAGACCCCCAUCGCAGGCAGAAGAAAACAGUUCAGCAAAAAAGGAGGUUGUUCUUGCUCAACCACCCUCCAAACCCGCCCGCAGGAAGCUCCGGACGGAGGCACAAGGGCUGGAGACCCCCGAGCUUUCUCCCACUAUAAAUGUGACUUCUUCCCUGCCAGCAGCCAAGCCUCACCUCCCAGUCCAAAAACAGUCUUCCAAGCAGAAAAGGGCUAUUCAGACCGCUAUACGAAAAAACAAAGAAGCCAAUGCUGUGCUCGCCAGGUUGAACAGUGAGCUCCAGCAGCAGCUGAAGGAGGUUCACAAGGAGCGCAUUGCCUUGGAAACGCAGCUGGAGCAGCUACGUCCUGUCACCGUCCUGUGACUUCCUACACGGCUGAGCAGCAGCAGGGCAGUGUCCAGCAGCCCUGCAAGGAGAGGAGUUGUGUGCAGCUGAGCAGGGGCUCUGCCAAGGCAGGGGGAGGACUGGCCUUGCUGGCUCUCUCUUCACCCUAUUACGCACAUUUUGCCUUUGCAGGUGAGGAAGGUGCAGAAAACAAAUACCUGACUAUGGAAUCUUUCUGAGUGAGGGAUGCUUUGCCUUCUUUCCUCCCUUUUCCCAGCCUAAUGUGUAAAUGCAGUUUAAAUGUGUAAGUUCAGUUUAUCACUGAAAUGAAUAACCUGAGAGUAUUUUAUUUAUGUAAAGAAUUCCUGAUUUAUAUGCGUUUUGGCAGCACCUCCUGCCCUGAUCAUUAAGAGGUACAGCAUUCCCAAAUUCUUGCUUAAAUUGAAAAACCAUCCUCCAAGAUGUGCUUCUGGAUGUUACUGAUUCCUGUAGGAUUGUAUCAUUGUAGAGUACCUGUGGAUUUAACAUACCAUAGGAAUAGAACUUGCAAGAUGUACAGAAUCUUUAUCCUCAAUCACAUGUCAAAUAAUUAUUUUCUUAGUACUGUUUAUUAUGCAAUCACGGAUGUAUUUUAAUGUUAGAGAACUUGUAUUUUAUUAGUUCAAGUCAUAUAAGAGAAGAGUAAAAAAAUACUAAAGUAUAAUUAUUUUGGAAAUUAGGAAAAAAAAAUGUCUUUUUGAGCUACAGCUGUUUCUAAUCACCGGUAUUUGAGCACUUGCUUGCAACUACCAGCAUCUCUGCAUUCUUUUAGCAUGUUUGAGAUGGCUGGUGUAUAGCUGUUUUUCUUUUCUUUUUUUUCUUUAACCAACAGUGUAUUUCUAACAAAAGGUUAAAAAUGCAUUCAGGGCAUUUUUAUAGAAGCUAUUCUACGUACAUUUGUAUUAGUCUGCUUUGUUGUCUUAAUAGCUGCUGAUUUAAGGAUGUGUAAAGAACUGUGCUUCCAGAAGAAGGAAGAUAGAAGAAGUGCUAUGUAUGAGGCUAUAAAAUGUGAGAUGGAAGUAAUUGCCUUUUACAGCAGGCUUUUGUUAAGAUUCCUUUGCACAUCAGUGGAGAUGCUACUGAUAGGAGAAAGCUGCUAAUGCCCAUCUAUUUUCUAAGCGAAGAAACAAAGAUUAAUCUUUAACCUGCAUUUGGUCCAGGGCCAGCUGAAUCCAUUAGGGAGUUUUCCUGGGUGCAGUAGUUGGUGGCUUUGGUCUCAGUUCCUACAGUGGAAGCAGGCUAAUGAAUGUUGCUGUAUUUCUUGGGAAAAUACUCUUGGAUUGGGUGACUUCAGACAUGAUAACGUCAACCCUGCCCCACCAUGGGUAUGGUGUGCUUUACUGCAAGGGGAUGUCACCUGCCUGUAGUCUGCCUUGAACACGACCCUGCACGUGUCUCACUGACCUGAUUUAAGUGUAUGUAGUCGCCCUGCAGAAACCGUGCAGCAAUUUUGUCACCCCCGUGGGUGUGGUGCUUGCUCCCUGUAGCUGUAGGAUUGCCGUGGGGCUGAGAGGAAGGAGAAGCAGGUUGGAAGCAGCUGGGUAACCUCUCCUUGGGGUGUGGCAUGGAACGGCUGCCAUGGGAUAUCACAGGGCACUAGAGCAGCAAACAGUUUUGUUGAGAGAUAA